CGCGGGCUGCUUGGGACUCUCUGCACCCCGGAACACCGGGUGUCUUGGGGGGUCGGUGGGAAGGCGCCGUCCUGGGGCCCAGGCGGCAGCCCGCGGGAGAUGGCGGCACGAUGGAGCAGCGAGAACGUGGUGGUGGAGUUUCGUGACUCGCAGGCCACUGCCAUGUCUGUGGACUGUCUCGGGCAGCAUGCGGUGCUUUCUGGCCGCAGAUUCCUCUACAUUGUUAAUCUUGAUGCCCCUUUCGAAGGUCACCGAAAGAUCUCUCGUCAGAGCAAGUGGGACAUUGGAACUGUGCAGUGGAAUCCUCAUGACAGCUUUGCGCACUACUUUGCAGCUUCAAGUAAUCAGCGGGUCGACCUGUAUAAGUGGAAGGAUGGCAGCGGGGAAGUGGGCACAAGCUUGCAGGGCCACACUCGUGUUAUCAGUGACCUGGACUGGGCAGUGUUUGAACCUGAUCUCCUGGUGACUAGCUCCGUGGACACCUAUAUCUACAUUUGGGAUAUCAAGGACACCAGGAAGCCUAGUGUUGCCCUGUCUGCAGUUGCGGGGGCCUCCCAGGUCAAAUGGAAUAAAAAAAAUGCCAACUGCCUGGCCACCAGCCACGAUGGGGAUGUAAGGAUCUGGGACAAGCGGAAACCCAGCACAGCCGUGGAAUACCUCGCGGCCCACCUCUCCAAGAUCCAUGGCCUGGACUGGCACCCAGAUAGUGAGCACAUUCUGGCAACCUCAAGUCAGGACAACUCUGUUAAGUUCUGGGAUUACCGCCAGCCCCGGAAGUACCUCAACAUCCUGCCAUGCCAGGUGCCUGUGUGGAAGGCCAGAUACACGCCUUUUAGCAACGGGCUGGUGACAGUGAUGGUCCCCCAGCUGCGGAGGGAAAACAGUCUUCUCCUGUGGAACGUCUUCGACCUCAACACCCCGGUCCACACCUUCGUGGGCCAUGAUGACGUGGUGCUGGAGUUCCAGUGGCGGAAGCAGAAGGAAGGAUCCAAGGACUAUCAGCUGGUCACGUGGUCCCGGGAUCAGAGCCUGAGAAUGUGGCGGGUGGACUCGCAGAUGCAGAGGCUCUGUGCCAAUGACAUCCUGGAUGGUGUGGACGAAUUCAUCGAGAGCAUCUCUCUGCUGCCUGAGCCUGAGAAGCCGCUGCAGGCCCCGGAUCCUGACCAGCAGCACAGUGCUGGCCCUGGGGAAGAGGAAGCCUUGAAGGAAGAUGCCCCCAGCAGCCUCCUGGAGGAGAAGAAAUGUGACCAGGCUGGCCUGUCGCAGACACUGCAGCAGGAGUUCUCACUUAUCAACGUGCAGAUCCGCAAUGUCAAUGUGCAGAUGGCUGCGGCUGACAGGAGCUGCACCGUGUCUGUGCACUGCAGCAACCAUCGUGUGAAGAUGCUGGUGCGGUUCCCCACGCAGUACCCAAACAACGCUGCCCCAUCCUUCCAGUUCAUCAACCCCACCACCAUCACAUCCACCAUGAAAGCCAAGCUGCUUAAGAUCCUGAAUGAUACGUCCUUACAGAAAGUGAAGCGAAACCAGAGCUGCCUGGAGCCGUGCCUGCGCCAGCUCGUCUCCUGCCUGGAGUCCUUUGUGAACCAGGAGGACAGUGCUGCCAGCAACCCCUUUGCACUGCCCAACUCUGUCACCCCACCCUUGCCUACCUUCGCCCGAGUCACCACUGCCUAUGGGUCAUACCAGGACGCCAACAUCCCCUUUCCCAGGACCUCAGGGGCCAGGUUUUGUGGAGCAGGGUCCCUGGUGUACUUCACAAGGCCCAUGACGAUGCAUCGAGCCGUGUCUCCAACAGAGCCUACACCAAGAUCCCUCUCAGCCUUGUCCGCCUACCACACGGGCUUGAUUGCACCUAUGAAGAUCCGCACGGAGGCGCCCGGGAACCUCCGUCUGUACAGUGGCAGCCCCACCCGCAGCGAGAAGGAGCAGGUCUCUGUCAGCUCCUUCUACUACAAGGAGCGGAUGUCUCCUCGCUCUGCCCGGCGGCGCUGGUCCAUACAAGCAGUUAACGACUUCCCGAAAUCAAGGAGGUGGAAGAGUAAGCGUGAGGGGUCAGAUUCUGGUAACCGGUCUAUCAAGGCUGCUGGGAAGGUCGUCAUCCAGGACAUUUCCUGCCUGCUUCCAGUUCACAAAUCGCUGGGGGAGCUUUAUAUACUGAAUGUGAAUGACAUUCAGGAGACGUGCCAGAAGAACGCCACCUCAGCCCUGCUGGUGGGAAGGAAGGAUCUCGUCCAGGUUUGGUCGCUGGCCACAGUAGCUACAGAUCUUUGCCUUGGUCCAAAGUCUGACCCGGAUCUGGAGACACCCUGGGCUCGACAUCCAUUUGGGCGACAGCUGCUGGAGUCCCUGUUGGCUCAUUAUUGCCGACUCCGGGACGUCCAGACAUUGGCAAUGCUCUGCAGUGUGUUUGAAGCGCAAUCUCGGCCGCAAGGAAUCCCUAAUCCCUUUGGGCCCAUCCCUGGCCGGUCCUCAAACCUUGUGGUGUCCCACAGUCGCUACCCCAGCUUUACCUCCUCUGGCUCAUGUUCCAGCAUGUCCGACCCAGGGCUCAACACAGGUGGCUGGAACAUAGCGGGAAAAGACCCUGAGCACAUCUCCUCACCCUGGGGAGAGUCCUCGCCAGAAGAGAUGCGCUUCGGGAGCCUGACCUACAGUGACCCUCGAGAGCGGGAGUGUGACCAGCAUGAUAAAAACAAAAGGCUUCUGGAUCCUGCCAACACCCAGCAAUUUGACGACUUUAAGAAAUGCUACGGGGAAAUCCUCUACCGCUGGGGUCUAAGGGAAAAGCGAGCAGAAGUGCUGAAGUUCGUUUCCUGCCCUCCUGACCCUCACAAAGGAAUUGAGUUCGGGGUGUACUGCAGCCACUGCCGCAGUGAGGUCCGGGGCACACAGUGCGCCCUCUGCAAAGGCUUCACUUUCCAGUGCGCCAUCUGCCACGUGGCUGUGCGGGGCUCAUCCAAUUUCUGCCUGACCUGCGGCCACGGUGGCCACACCAGCCACAUGAUGGAGUGGUUCAGGACCCAGGAGGUGUGCCCCACCGGUUGUGGCUGCCACUGCUUACUGGAAAGUACUUUCUGAACGUCACCCGGUGUGGAAUCUGACAGAAAUUCGGCCCCCUGAGAGAUGUCAGAACCCAGCGCCAGCUCCACGGGGCUCGCCGCAGCACCAGCUGGCUCCAGCCUCUGCCUUCUCAUCUCCUUAGAGGACAUUGGCACAGAUGACCCUGCUGAGGUCCAAGGAGAGAUGUGCCUGCCUCCUGCACUGUGGACCUUCUCAUUCCACCGACCAUUUGGAAACCAGGGGCUCCUGCAGCAACGGGGUCCCCAAGCCAAGUGACAGUGGAGGCUCUGCCCACAAAUGGGCCUAUGACCUGAGUCAGUGCCUUUACUGCACUGAUGGAUGUGGCCUUGUGAAAUAACAAAACUCAGUGAUAAACAGAGGACAUAUGAAAGGAUUCUCAACUCCUUUCUGUAUGUUUGUUUUGUAUAUUUGUAUAUUGUCCAGAUUUCUUCUUGAGCUAAUAAAGUUCUUAUGGCUUUGGGGGAAGAAAA